UACUCCCUUGUCGACUCCAGCCAGGUGUCAACCUUCCUCAUCUCCAUCCUCCUCAUCGUCUAUGGCAGCUUCAGGUCAUUAAACAUGGACUGUGAGAACCAGGAGAAGGACAAGGAUGGAAACCCCACCAACACUGGCUCCUUCAACAAUGCCAACUCUAACAACAGUAUUCAGACCAUAGAUUCCACACAGGCGCUGUUCUUGCCCAUCGGAGCCUCAGUGUCUCUGCUCGUCAUGUUUUUCUUCUUCGACUCGGUUCAGGUGGUGUUCACCAUAUGCACUGCAGUUCUAGCGACCAUCGCGUUUGCAUUUCUCCUGCUGCCGAUGUGCCAGUAUCUGACCAGGCCCUGCUCCCCACAGAACAAGAUCUCGUUCGGCUGCUGUGGCCGCUUCACGUUGGCGGAGCUGCUGUCGUUUUCCCUCUCUGUCAUGCUGGUUCUCAUCUGGGUGAUGACGGGCCACUGGCUGCUCAUGGACGCUCUUGCCAUGGGUCUCUGUGUGGCCAUGAUCGCAUUUGUGCGACUGCCUAGUCUCAAGGUGUCGUGCCUGCUGCUGUCCGGCCUCCUCAUCUAUGACGUGUUCUGGGUCUUCUUCUCCGCUUACAUCUUCAACAGCAACGUGAUGGUGAAGGUGGCCACGCAGCCUGCCGACAACCCCCUCGACGUGCUCUCACGCAAGCUGCAUCUGGGCCGGGAUGGCCCCCGCCUCUCCCUGCCCGGAAAGCUGGUGUUCCCCAGCUCCACCGGCAGCCACUUCUCCAUGCUGGGCAUCGGUGAUAUCGUCAUGCCGGGCCUGUUGCUGUGCUUCGUGCUCCGAUACGACAACUAUAAGAAACAGGCCAAUGGAGAAGUGCCCGGUGCUGUCAACAUGUCUGGCCGCAUGCAGCGGGUUUCCUACUUCCACUGCACCCUGAUUGGUUACUUUGUUGGUGCGUAUCGCAGCAGUAUCAUCCGAAUAAACUCUGCCAUUUAA